GCCUAUACAACUGUAAGCUAAAUGACAAUGCUAUGUUACGCGGUUAGGAUCCCGAAGGCAAGAUAAAACUUGCAAUUCUUACUGACGCCAACGUCCAACCUCCCUCGGAAACAUAUCUUCUCGUCUAGCUGGGCAUCAUACAGCUUAUUCAACUGGUCCUGUAGCCUCCCACCAAUCCGUCGGCCAGCGCUGUCGGGUGCCUUUCGUUAUGGCGUGGCAUUCGUGCGUCCGCGCAGCUAGUGCUGCUGUAUACGUGACAAUCCUUCUUGGGUUGGUAUCUACUGCCACCUGCCAAGGGGGCGCUAUCGGAGCCGUCAUCGCUCCUGGCCCUACGGAAAGCGGAGGCGCUGCUACCGCUGUAGACUUGAACCCUUUCGCCGGGUGCCUCGGCAAUGUGCGAUGCAAGCAAAAUGCCUGCCAACGCCCCUGCUCUGGAGCGCCCGUCGACGGCAUAUGCUUCCAGAACACAUGUACCGGACAGUCCAUUAACGGUCUGGCGGUUGAACCCUGUACGGCAGUGUGGGUGGACCCCAAGAACCCGAAGAACCCCUUUGUGUGCCGCAUCCCCUCGACCAUGUCCGAGCCUGCUGUCAGCUGCCCGCCUGAGGCUGUCGUACGCUGUCUGGUGGACCCCUGCUCCCUGGUGUCCUCCGACUGCCCCGCCGCUGGCCUGACGGGGGCGGUGUGCGAGGCGGUGUACUGCAGCAACGCCACCCUGCCGGAUGGAACCGCGGUUCUCCCCUGCAGCGCCCUCUGGCACCUCCCCGACGGCUCCCUCGCCACCUGCGGCGCUGCCGUUGUGGACAGCGGCAGCGGCUCCGGCGGCAGCAGCGGCAGCACCCCUGGCAACACCGGCAACAGCUCUCUACCCGGCAACAGCUCUCUACCCGGCUGCGCCUGCCCCAUGAACUACGCGCCAGUCUGCUCCGUCUCCAACCGAACGUACGGCAACAAGUGCGCCGCCGACUGCGAAAACGACCCGGUCGCGCAUCUGGGUAUUUGCGAGGAGGCAGGCGGCAAUGCGGGCGAUGGCUGCAUGUGUGCGCUGAUGUACGAGCCCGUAUGCGGAGUGGACGGGAGGACGUACGGCAACAGCUGCGAGGCGGGCUGUGCGGGCGUCAAGGUAGCUGCGGACGGCCCUUGCACUGUCGGUGGCGGCGAUCCGGGCACUGUUUGCAAGUGUGCUAAGAUCUUCGAGCCGGUAUGCGGGACCGACGGCAAGACCUACGAUAACAGCUGCCUGGUGGGCUGUGCGGGAGUCAAGGUUGCACAGGCGGGCGCUUGCCCUGACAACAGCAGCGGAGAUGGCUGCAUGUGCGCGCUGAUUUACAAGCCCGUUUGCGGAGACGACGGGAAGACGUACAGCAACGGCUGCGAGGCAGGAUGUGCGGGAGUCAAUGUCGCCAAGGAUGGUGCUUGCGACACUGUCAUCAGCCCGGGCGAUGGCUGCAUGUGUGCGCUCAUCUUCUCGCCCGUUUGCGGAGUGGAUGGCAAGACGUACAGCAGCAGCUGCGAGGCCGAGUGCGCUGGCGUCAAGGUGGCCUCGGAUGGGGCGUGCUCCGACGACAACAAGGGCGAGGGGUGCGCAUGCGCCGAGAUGUGGGCGCCGGUUUGCGGAGACGACGGCAAGACGUACGGCAACACCUGUGAAGCCGGCUGUGCGGGAGUCAAGUUGGCGGCGGAGGGGCCUUGUUUCCCGGAUGACAGCAAGGGCGAGGGGUGCGUGUGCGCUGACGUGUGGGCGCCGGUUUGCGGAGUGGACGGCAAGACGUACGGCAACGAGUGCCGGGCGGGUUGCGCUGGAGUGAGGGUGUCGCAGCUGGGCGAGUGCGCUCGGGAGGGGACAUCCAUCAGCUGCUCACCUGACGACACCGUCCAGUGCUUUGCGGAUCCCUGCUCUCUAGCCUCCUGCCCCGCCAACCCCUCCGCCACCUGCAUUGCCAGCUACUGCGGCAACGGAACCUACCGCGGCCGACCCGUGGGUCCGUGCCAGGCCCUCUUCGUGGACCAGGCGGGCGACCGUGUGGACUGCACUGUACCCGGCCGCGACGGCGGCAACAACAGCGGCAACAGCACCACUCCAGCAGACGGCAUUGUUUGCGACUCGACCGCUGCCGUGCAGUGCCUCGCCGACGCCUGCUCUCUCGCCUCCUGCCCCGCCAACCCCUCCGCCACCUGCAUCACCAGCUACUGCACCAACGGAACCUACCGCGGCCGACCCGUGGGUCCGUGCGAGUCGAUCUUCGUGGACCAGGCUGGCAACCGCGUGGACUGCACCGCACUCGACACGGCUGUCCCGGGUGUCAUCACCGACAUCAACUCCUGCCCCGCCAACUCCUCUCGCGUCAUGUGCACCGCCACCACCGCCAACGCCUGCUCCGCCGCCUCCUGCCCCGCCCACCCCGCGGCGACAUGCGUCUCCAAGCCCUGCGCCGCCACCUACCGCGGCACCGCACUGCAGCCCUGUACGGCCAUUUGGGUGGACCCUACCUCGGGCAACCUGAUCACCAACUGCACCGUGAGCGGCAACGGCGGCGGCAACGGUACAACGAACGGCACAACCACCACUAACUCCACGCGACCCAGCUGCGCCUCUUGCCCGCUGGCGUACAAGCCGGUGUGCGCAUCUGACAAGAAGACAUACCCCAACAGGUGCGCCGCUGAGUGCCUAGGCAAGACCGUCGCACGCGAGGGCAAGUGCUACUUCUGCUCUGGCACGGACUGCCUGACCGCGCGCAAGAACGACCUGUGCACCCUGGGCUCAACCAAGCAGUGCUUUGCCAAGAAGUACGAGUGCAGGCUGCCCGAGAAUGGCAAGCCAGGAGCCUAUCUAGGCAAGUGCCUGCCCAAGCCGGCCUCCCCGCCGCCACCGCCGUUGUCCUCGCCGCCGCCCCCCAAGCAGACCACCCGCAAGCAGUCGCCGCCUCCCAAGGCCGCUGCAGGUGCCGCUGGUGCGAGCCGCCACCACCGCCGUCAUCUGCUGGACGACGCGUGACCCGAUAGAGUUGAAGGGUAAGACAGCUGGGGAUGGAACCUAGCGAACUAGGAGGCUGCGCAUUUGACGCGCUGUUGUAACAGGAGAAUACGAGAAAAAUGUUUAAUCACGUGAACACAGCGUAUCGGUGUAUGGGAUGGUGGACAGGCGUGCGAGCUUUAAUGUUUGGUUCAGGGAUGCUGGGCUGCUUCGCUAAGCUGCGCCAGGCAGCCAGCAUGCGCGCAUAGGCGGUAGCGGAGACUGGUAGCAGCACGAUACAUGGUGGAUGGAGCGGAUGUAUGUAUGCGGUGUGGUGUUGCUUCCAACUGGAGCAUGUGAGCCGUACACGUUGAUGCCGUACAUGACUCUGGAUAAGUGUCACACUUGACUAGUGUGGCUAAAGGAGAGUUGGUGAUACUCUGAAAGCGUGCUACUUGUUAUUGACUCGUGCUCAUGAUGCUGCCUGCGCUUUAUGCGUUUGUCGUAACUGGUCAUAACUUGUCGCACUUAUUCGAGGUAUUGCGAGGUUGUUGUCGGAUUGUUAUCAUCGGGUUGUCCGCCACGUGUCACGUGUGCGCCCCGCACCAGGGCACCCAGAACUGGACGUGAGCGCUGAUGGCCUUGUUUCCGUACGCCUUCUGUCGUACUUGCAGUAUUCUAUGCCACGUCCACCAGGGGUAAGGUGUAGAGCCUGUGUGCUUGGUUUCGUAAGAGAAAAUGUCAUGUCUGCAUGUGUGCCUUUUGCGUUUAGAUACCGUACAUUAGCAUUGAGAAGAAGUGCGUGCCGCACUUUGUCGUGUAUCCCUCGGCUCGCUCUAUUUACACUCGGCUUUGCAUGAUCAUAACUGUAAGACCAAGGUCCAC